CGGCUCCCUCACCGCCUGCCUGAGAGAAGUGUCAGGCGGCGAGCCGUCGGAUCCGGAGAGCAGUCGUGCCCUUGCGAGCGCUGCAAAAGCGCCUGCGGGACCCGCCUGUUGAUAUCGCAGCGGCGAGGGGCGCACCGCGCGCAUCUCGAGCCCGUUUGCUUGACGGCGUCGUCGUCGGCGGCGGCGUUACGUGCGCGUGCGUGCAGUGUCAGCUCCGUUUAGUCAAGCUCGACGCGAGCAAUUAGUGUCUGGACGACGUUGCGCUUGCUGGCUGGAGCUCGCUACUCUCCUCGAUACGGCAGGGAGGAGAGCGCGGACACCGGGAGCGAAAGUUGUACAGCCUGAGCCGCCCCCAUUUCCUGGUGCCGAGUGCGGACGCGUACCAUCCUUGGCGACCGUGACGGUGGCUGACCGAAUGCGCUGGAUAAAUGUGCGGUGGCAUUCCCGGUUCUGAACGUGGCUCAAACAUACAGUGCGCGGCAGUGGAUAGAGAAACAAAGCUUGGCGACGGAAGGUCUUAUCACGGAAUAUGACGCAGCCUAGUGGAGACAAGCAUCGGUAGGGGCGCAGUGGUUACAUCUUUACUCAAGUACACACAGGUCUUCACUACCCCGUUCAGGAUUUGCCGUAGCGAGACGCCUAAGAGAAAUUCGGAAGAAAUGGUUGGACGAAAGCAUUCAGGAAAUUAAUUAGAUCCCACACGCAGUCGAGGGUGUAAAAGGAGCAAGCGAGCCAGAAAGCAGCCGCCCACCCCAUACCCCCUGUCUCGACCCUGACGAGCGAGCAAGCAAGAAUCCAGGAGAAAACGACCUGCGGUCGUCCGGGUGGCUUCCUUCUCCCGCUGUCUGCUUGCGAGACCUCGCUGCGCACUUUGCUUUCCGGUGCGCGAUGGUGAAGCAAGGAAUCGGCACGACGGUUGCGACAAAUCGCGAGGACUAACGACCAUCCGGAGGCACUCGCUCCGUCCACGAGGCGGCAGUCUCGGCACCACCACGCCGAGCAGGGAGAGAAGUUGGAGAGAUAGAGAGAAAGCUGCAGCAAACGCCCGAAAAGAAACGAGGAUCCACCGACCGGACAUCCUGCUCCUGAGGUGCCCGCUGGCGAGUCAUCUCUUUGUGCUUUGCCCUCGGAGAUCCGCUUCCUCAGUGCGCCUUCGUACCUUGGCCCGUCCAUCUUUCGUGUUGUCUGUGCGCGCUCCCGACAGGAUCUGUGUAUGGGAGCCGGAAAGAUAGAGAGCGGUCGGGUCUCGCCACCUUAACGAACCCUCGAGACCCGUGGGCGGCGAAGCAGCGACUGUCGCCAUCCGCCCGGAGGCGUAGCAGCGCUGAUCUCGAUACUGAUCCCACAAGGAGGAGACAUCUCGCGUCCUUGCCUACAAGUCAACCGAGCCCGUCUUGCUCUUUUUGUUGUUGUUGUUGUUGUUGUUUAGUUUUCUACUAUACGAUAUCCGCACGCAGCCGACUCUCGCGAGAAGUCGCAGCUCGUUCUAGCGGUCCCGACCUAAGAAUGUGUCCGGUCUCAGCUUUAGCCAUGGGCAUUUGAUCAACGUGUAUUAUUGCGUGGCGUAUUUGCCCUCAUGUCGUUCUUCUUCGGAUGGAUGACACGCUGCCCUGCCAUCUGGAUAUGCUGCACUGUGACUACUUCACCUUUGCGAUGACCUGAACGAUUUUUGGAAUGCAGAGGUAAAAGCUAUACGAUAGAAAAGCAAACCCGAUAUCUGGAUCGCCACUGGUCCGUACUACGAAGGCUCUCCUUCAAUAAAGCAGCCUCGCUUUGAUGCGAUGUUAGUGCUACUAUGACUUCGUCAAAUUACUGUGCAUUUGGGAACCUGUACCUUCCUGAUAAAGGGCGCUCUAGCAGCCCUGAGCUGGCGUUUCUUUACGGGCUGCCGAAAACAUAGCGAGUGGGGUACGCUGGAUUGUCGUCUGUCGUACAGCGUGUAAAGUUUCCCGUGUCCUCGUUUGGCGCAUUGCUCACGAACCGGCAGAAAUUGCAGCCUUGGCUCAUUCGGGACUUUCUGACCGCCAAGAGAACAAUGAAAACUGCUACGCCGAACGUUUCGUUCCUCAAAACGCCCUGAUGCCGGCGUUAGGUAUGGAUCGCGCGCUUAGUACGGUGGCGCCCUACAACGCGACGCUGGAGGUGACGAAGGCCGCGCUGCUGAAUGCGUCGUUUUCGAACGAGACACUGGUGCUCUCCUCAGCAGCUGCUGCUGCCGGGUUAGCGAACUUCACGGGCAACUUGACGAGUGAACUGGUGAUGCCCGGUGGUGGUGGUGGUGACGUCAGUUGUCCGUGGGACCCGCGCGGCGGAGGCAACUGCUCGUGGCCGGACGCGGGUCUCGCGCCGGGCAACGAGUCCUCCCUGGAGGCGUCCCGAUUGCCCGCUGACGCCCAGCAGCCGGCCGAGAAGGUCUACUGGGCGCUGAUGCUGGUCAUCCUGCCUUUUCUGGCCGUGUUCGGCAACAUCCUCAUCAUCCUCAGCGUGUACAAAGAGCGGAGCCUGCAGACAGCGACCAACUACUUCAUCGUGAGCCUCGCAUUCGCCGACCUGCUCGUGGCUGCUGCCGUGAUGCCGUUCGCCGUCUACGUUCUGGUCAACGUGGAUUGGGAGCUGAGCGAAACGCUGUGUGACUUCUACAUCGCAGUGGACGUAACCUGUAGCACGGCUUCCAUAUUCAACUUGGUCGCCAUCAGCAUAGACAGGUUCAUCGCCGUGACGCAACCCAUCAAGUACUCGAAGCACAAGAACAGCAAGCGCGUAGCGCUCACCAUCGUGAUCGUGUGGGUCGUUUCGGCAGCCAUCGGGUCACCCAUCAUGCUCGGUCUGAACACGUCCCCACAGCGGGUGCCGCACCUGUGCAUCUUCUACAACUCGGACUUCAUCCUGUACUCGUCGCUCAGCUCCUUCUACAUCCCCUGCCUGGUUAUGGUGUUCCUCUACUACAAGAUAUUCCGCGUCAUCCACGAACGGGCACGCAAGGCUGUGGCCAAGAAGGAGGCCCGCCUCAAGGGGCUCGUGCUCGAGGGGGGCCCGCCUCCCAUCGCCAACAACACGGGGCACCGUGGUGCCGUGAUGCUCACCGUGGGUGGUGGAACUGGGGGUGGCGCUGGUGGCGCGCAGCCUACGCAGGGAGGUCAGCCUCGGCCGGGGGACAACAGGAACGGAAACAAGAGCCUUCAGGUGAGCUCGGUUGUGCCGGAGCCGGAUCCUCUGACGGCCAACACCGGCAGCGGCAGUCAGCCGGACGAGGACGAGUUUGACGACCUUCCCACCGAGGCCGGCGGGGAUAAGUGGGCCGAAUGCGACGAGGAGGAGGCCAGCUUCCUGGCGGCGCAUAGCGCCACCUCUGGUAGCGACCCGUCGUCGCAAGUGGGGCACAACAGGAACCACGAUUCCGGCUACGUGGACUCGAACGUCGACGAGGUCCACUUUCCCCGCCAGGAGCGAUCCAACAAGGAGUCAAAGAAGAACGGCGCCGUGAUGCCCCUGUUGACGGUGUCGGUGGUUGGCGGUCCAACGAUGGGCGGCUGCGUCGAGGACGGACAAGCCCGCAAGAAGUCUCGCUUCAACCUGGGUCGCAAGCACAAGUCCAGUCGCAAGAAGCGGGAGAAGGCGUCAGCCAAGCGAGAGAGAAAGGCCACCAAGACGCUAGCCAUCGUGCUCGGGGUGUUCCUGAUCUGCUGGGUGCCCUUCUUCACGUGCAACGUGGUUGACGCAGUGUGCAUGAAACUGCAGAGUCAGGACUGUCAUUUGGGGGUCACCGUCUUCCUGCUCACCACGUGGCUAGGAUACGUAAACAGCUGUGUGAACCCGGUCAUCUACACCAUCUUCAACCCCGAGUUUCGCAAGGCCUUCAAAAAGAUUCUCAUGGAGCCCGUGAAGUGAAGCCCGAAACCGCUCAACAGACGAUACAAACGGUGCUGUGUGCCAAAGUAAAAACUGUGAAUCGCUGGGGUUUUGCGCUGCCAAGCGACGACGAAACCUGCUCGCUGAGCGUGCGUGUGUGUGCGCAUUUGCAUGCGUCACUCUGAUGUUCUUUCUGCUUUGCGCCAGAUUUUGCCCGAAUAACCUCUCUCGGUCGAUUGACUCUUUUAAAUCACACCCUCGUUCAAACUGAGGCAAAUAGUAGGUGAGUGGACUGGUCGCUUAGCCUACGCCGCUUUGCGACACAACCUCGUCGAAAGUUCGCAGCAUUCACUGACGAAGGCCAAGUCUCCAAUGCCUUUGUUUGAAAUUAGUGAAAAUAUUCGCCUAAUGCUACAAGAAACAAUGUAGCGCAUUUAUCAACACGCAUUCAGCGUCGUGAGAGGUCAGCUUCAACACCUGUUCUAGGCUGAAUGUGCGGUCUUGUAACACAGACAAAUACGACUCGUCCCUCUCAAGACAAAAAUACUUGGAGCCAUCUAGAAAAACUUAUCAGCAGCUGCCACGAGUUCUCUAUCUUCCAAUUUUUUUUAUCAUCAGUAUUUUCUAGUACUCUUGCCACAACAGCGAUUCGAAAGGUUUUUGGCCAUCGCAGAAGCAGCAGACCUCAGGCAUCGCCCUCGUGACACGAGCGACUUGCUGGAGGACGACGUCGAUAUCGAUAAUGGAAACGAUAUCAUCGGAUGAUUGUCGUGGUCUCGUAAAAAUCUCCCCACCUUGUCUCCCGUUGACUUAGUUCGGCUGAUUCAUUUACGGAGAUGUCCUUAUUCGUUUACUAGUGUACGUAACCCUGUUCCCACAGGUUAGACCCCUUUCUGUGUUCAUUCAGCCUUUUCUCUGCUUCAAACUGUCUCUCUUCAUGUAAAUACGAUGCAGAGUAUAUGUAACAUAUUUCUUACCGCUUGCAAAGAGGAGUGCGCUUUACUUCGCUUGCAUAUUAACGUAGAGUACGAAGAAUGCUGAGGUAAAGUGUGAAGGUAUACAGUCCCAGUUUUAUUGUGACUGAUUGCUGUCCCGAGCAGAUCCUAAGCAGCCUAGCUUUCGCUCUGACUACAGUGCUUACUUUAGCACGUUCCAGCGGGAAGGGUGUGUAAAUUAUUGGGUUCAUGCAUAUCGACAUUAACAUGACGUAGGUUAUAAUUUAGCACAGUAAAGUGGGUAUCACUUUCUUUCCCCCAUAACACCUCAUCCCAGUAGAAAAAAAGCUACAGAAAUAAUUGCAAAAUACGAAAAAAGUCUGAUCUUAAGCCUGGCGUAUUCUUGUGAUACUAAAGUUCUGAUUCACAUAUCUCAGGAUUCGUCGCCAACACAUGUACGUUCAGGCUUGCAAGAAAUAUUUCACUGUUCACAGAAUGUACGGUGUUGAUGCGUUCAAAGCGACAGCACGUGACAUCGCAUUACAAUAUGUGUGCCACUAAGAUUUGUGCUUUAGGCAUGAAGAACACAACGCUUUGAAAAAUACGGUCAAUAUUUAUGUUGUUACAAUAAACACACCUGUGGUGUAUUUCGACUGGGAUGACCAAACUUGUAAAAGCUUCGCAUACUUCUAGUAACGCGUGAAUAUUCUCAGCGAUGUGUGGCAGCUGAAUCGACAACCUGUGCGGGCCAACUCUAAGCUUUCGUGGUGAACCAAUACAGGGUAACUUCUUAUUACAAAAGGUAAACAUAAUUAUGUGCGGACGCCACAAAGAGUAACAUGGCAGAUAUCGCCUUGCUGAUCACGGUAUAUUAUAGUAAUACUACAUAGUGCGCAAGUGAACAAAAUCAAUUUGUUCACUUAAACGCUUCCAGAGCAAACGUUCACUCUCCUUGAUGUCUUGCUGUAAGGUUACAAGAAACAAUUAUCGCUGCUGAGCCGCAAAUAGCGGCUUCCGUGUUCAAAAGACUGGUGCGUGCAGUGACUAUGUAUUUUUGGCGAUGAAUCGCGUCACAGUUUUCAUCGUUCUUUGAACGCGGUCUUGCAGUACACACUCUCGUGUACUCGGUGCUCUAGUACCUAAGCAUUUCGCCCAGUUUCUCAGCUGCAAAGCUUCGCGCUGCAGUUGAUGAAACCACUGUAGGCGUCCGUGAGCUUCUUCUCCCUCCAGCUCACCCUAUGGUCACACGUGUUAUAAAGUUUAUCAUCUUGAAGCUUUAGGCGUGAAAUCAUCACUGCUCACUCAUCAACCUGCUUCCCGUCAUACCACGAUACUGCCGCGUCAUCAGAAAAACAGGCUUCGGUUUUUUUUUUUUUUUUUUUUUUUUUUGUGGCUCGUUGUGAUGGCUUCAGCGAUAUCGGUCGAAUUGCUUCGAAUCGACCCCUCCAGACUGUAUGCCUGUCUUUGCGGUUGUUCAAACUCGGCUGAUCUCGUCUCUCCUCUUUCAUUUCAUUCUGUUGCCUGUUUACGUGCAUUCCUUGGACUGUAUAAUUGAGGCGUGCACGGAACUAUCGUGCCGAGAUGGAGAUGAAAUGUGUUCUCUGCCUGUACGCAAAAUGUAGUGCUGUCUCGUGCGUCUCGUUCACACAAGGACAGUUCAGCUCGCAGUGUACGUGCGAAUCGCGGCGGUAUAUGUACUUUGAAGCAGUGCUCGUUGGCAUUUCUUCAGUUUUUGUUUUCUUGUUAUUGUGAUAGUUUAUAUGUGUAUAAAGAAAAAGACGGUUAUAAAAUAAGUAUAUUAAUGUAUACAUAUGAAGUUAAGAAUAUAUGAAUGCACACACCAGAGAUGACGAUGUUGUUGAUGGAUGUUUGAGAAGACAAAAUACGUGGAAUAUAAAUUUGUUCAUCAAAC